AUGUCUACCCUCAUGAUGAAUAUGGUCUUGCUGAUCACUUGGCUCAUGGCGAUGAUCACUCAGGGCAUCGCAACCAACCUGGAUGCCUUUGAAGGGCGUCACUAUCGGGUCGGCUCUGUCAAUGACCACUUUAUUCUCAAUCGUCGUGCCCUCGCUCAUGUUGUCGACACCACUACCCCCGUUCCCACUGCGACUGACUCUACCAGCGCUGAGGUUGGUGCUUCGGCUACUUUUGGCGCUGUUCGAUCAUUUGUUGGUAUUUGUGCUAACUCCUCUCAGUCUGGCGUAGCUGCCACUGCUUCUACCAGUGAGACUUUAGGAACCUCCACUGUUGUAGUUAACAUUUCAACUAUCGAGGCUACACCCACUUCCGCCGGUGAAACCGCUGUUACCUCUCCCAAGGAUUCUGCAGUCACCCCCAAGACUACUGUGGCUACUCGAACUGUGACUGUUCCAUGUGGACAGACCAUGUGCACUGAAGUGACCACUGUUACCGAGGCCUGUUCUUCAACCACUAGAGUUAACCCCACUAGUAAUGUCGUUGUUACCCCCAGCGCACCCGCAGCUACUCCCGAGACCACCGUUGUAACUCGAACUGUUCCAUGUGGACAUAGCACCUGCACUGAAGUGGCUACUGUUACCAAUCCCCUUGCUCCAGUCGUGACUGCUUCAACCGAGCCCGUGGGCACCCCUCAAACUGCCGUCGUCACUCGAACCUUCUCAUGUGGACAAAGCACCUGCACCGAGCUGACCACUGUCACCAAGCCCGCUUAUCCGGCUACCCAGUCUCCUAAUGGUGGUUCAACUACCCAGGGUGCUCCUGCACCAGGUUUUCAGACCACUCUGUCUACCGUUGGCACUAACGGCCAACCUGGACAUCCUGCGACAAACUCUGGUACGACUCGUGGUCCCAAAGCCAGCACCACCCCGGUUGCCCAUUUCAACGAUGCUACCAAGUACUCGGUUGGGGCUUUGCACGGUGCUGCUGCUGCCUUCGUGGCCAUGAUCUUGGCAGACGCUCUGUGA